AUGUCCAGGAUUCCUCUCGUUUUUUUAAUUCUGCUGCCAUAUUCUCUCGCCUAUGUAAAUCUACAUCGCACAAAUGAGCCAAGAAGCGCCCUCUCGGGGGAGUUUGCCUGCAACGCCUCCAAGUACACAAACAUCGCUCAAAAGAUGGAAAAGAUCCACAACAUUGGCCCGGCAAUUCCCGUACGAAAGUACCACGCGGAAGAUUUUUGCUCUCGCAUGAUCAAAAACUCCCUAAAGAACUGGAGGAGAACAGCUCUGGACGCCGAGUACGCAAAGGAAUUCGGUUGGCCUUAUAGAAAGAGACAUAAAGGUGGUAAACAGGAUAUCUUGGUCUUUGAAAGGAAGGCAAUCGCAGUAGCAAAGUGGCUCCUGUUAUCACCCAUCAAACUCGCAAAGGUAUGCAGACAAAUCAAAAAGAAACCUGUACUCGUUGCCCUUGGAGAAUUAGCACAGCGGGGCGCCAAUCCAUACGCACUUGCCGUAUUUAAAGCGAUUAAAUCCGCAAUGGCAAAUGCAGAAGUAAAGUAUGGAAGCUCUGGUCUUGUUCCAAAAUUCAAGGAACUAGCCGCAUCAGUAGGAGGAUACAUUAAAAAGCCACUCUUUAGAGCAAAGGGGAGGUGUGACGUUAUAAGGAAACCAAAGGCACACCUGAGGGUCGUUUUAACCGUAUAA